AUGAAGUGGCUUAUUUUUCUCUGGCUGCUGCCGGCUUGUCUAGCACACCUUAAUGUUUACUUAAGCAGUGCUGAAGUGUGGAGAUUGCUUGGAUUAACGGCAGAGCUAUUCUACGUGCGCGAUGGACAGAUCAAUUUCUACGCGCUCAACUUUGUGAUGCCGGUGCCGGCCACCAUCAACGAACUGCACUUCACGUGGCAAAGCCUCACCAGGAGACCGUUACCAUACACAUUGCACGUGGACGUCGCUUCAGAACCGGAAGCAAUGCAUCCUCCGACGUUCAAUAUAUCUAGCGAGGGCUACGUACCCACAGAGACACAAACAUGGCGCGUCGACUUGCCAUGUAUGCACACCGUAGCCGCUGAAGUCAACAUAACCAUAUCCCUUAAUGUCUCGACCGGUUCCUCGUCGACUAUUUUGCAUUUUCAGAGGCGUAAAAUUUGCCUCAAGGAGGCUCUAAGACCGGCAGUAAGAGUCGAUAGCGUACCGCACGCCCCAACAUCUGCAGAUAUAUUCUAUGCAGGGGCGGGUUGUGCGGGCGGAGCGUUGUUAAUCGCUGCAGUUGCUGCAAUAGCUUGCAGAGCGCGAGCCAGGAAGCUGCGUAGAGCGAGAAGUGAGGAGCAAGACGCCCACGCAUUUCUCCCUGACUCGUCUUGCAAGUCCGCUGCCAGUUACACUAGCUACCGCCGUCCGACAUCCCUCCCCCCUGCCGCAGCCGAAGAAAGAGCGAGGGAUCUUCAGCAAAGAAUAGCUGAAUUAACAAUACAAAGGUGUCGUGUAAGACUGCGCGCGGUUGCAAUGGAAGGUACUUUCGGUCGAGUUUACAAAGGCACGUAUGCCGAUGAGGAUGGAAGGGAGCAAGAAGUCCUAGUAAAGACUGUAGCUGAACACGCCUCUCAAGUGCAGGUGUCAUUGCUUCUUCAAGAAGGCUGCAUGCUUUAUGGACUGCGUCAUGAGAAAGUACUAUCGGUUCUCGGUGUGAGCAUUGAGGACCAAACAGCGCCAUUCAUAUUGUAUCCAUGGAACAGCGGUUGGAGAAAUCUGAAGCAAUUUCUUCUCGCAUGCCGAGGUGUGACCGUGGGGGGUGCGGCUGGGGUAUUACCGCCACCGCCACCACUCACCACACAACACGUUGUCCGGAUGGCACUCCAUGCAUUAGAUGGAUUAGUGUAUUUACAUUCCCAACACGUUCUACAUAAGGAUAUCGCUGCUAGAAAUUGCAUUGUGGACGAAAAUCUUCGAGUGAUGAUCGCCGACAAUGCACUUUCGCGGGACCUGUUCCCUGCCGACUACCAUUGCUUAGGCGAUAACGAGAACAGGCCAAUCAAAUGGUUGGCUUUAGAGUCCCUGUCGAGGAGACAGUUCAGUCCUGCUGCGGACGUCUGGGCGCUGGGGGUGCUUUUAUGGGAGCUGACCACGUUAGCUCAUCAGCCUUACGCUGAAGUAGACCCGUUCGAGGUGGCCGCCUAUCUACGAGACGGGUAUCGAUUGCAGCAACCAGCUAAUUGCCCCGAUGAACUAUUUGCUGUAAUGGCUUACUGCUGGGCUAUGUCACCGGACGACCGGCCCACAUUGCCGCAGCUCCAGACGUUCCUGCGGGACUUCCACACACAACUCACAAGAUUCGUAUAG